AUGUAUCUACUGGUUUAUGUUGAUGAUAUCAUACUCAUCAGUUCCUCAGAUGCUGCUGCAGAUCGUCUUGUGGCUGCUUUGAGUGGUGAUUUUGCUGUCAAGGAUCUAGGUGCUCUGCACUUCUUCCUUGGUCUUGAGGUUUCACGGUCUUCUGUUGGGUUAACUCUUACUCAGAAGAAGUAUUCUCUAGACUUGUUGCGUCGUGCUGGAAUGCUGAAGUGUAAACCUGCCAGCACUCCGAUGUCGGCCACUGAUCGGUUGUCUGCUCUUGAUGGAGACCCUCUUUCAUCUGAUGAUGCUACUGAGUACCACAGUCUUGUUGGUGGUCUGCAGUAUCUUACUAUCACCAGACCAGAUUUCUCUUAUGCAGUCAACACCGUGUCUGCCAGUUUCUCCAUGCACCCAGGACAUCUCAUUGGUCAGCUGUGA